AUGUAUGAGAUGAUGAGCUAUGAAACUGAUCAUCAGCGCCACUUAAGGGGAUGCUCAUCUCUUUUCACACACAACCGAAAGAACAUUGGGUUCCGAGCUCUAAAGCGGACCGCGUUCUGGACAUAUUUUCGAGAGGAGAUCAUGGUUGCUCUUGCAACACGCAAGCCAACCACUAUCAACCCUAGAGGUUGGAAAGCUGAUAUAAUAUGGGGAGGAGACUUCGAUUAUGUAAAGACUGAGAAGAUGACUAUGCUGACCGCCGAGAUUGUCGACUAUUGCUUUUCUCGUGAGGGUCAAAACCCCGAUCUGGAUAGGUGGAUUGAACUUCAGGACGAGGUCAACACGUGGAAGGAGACCUUACCAGAGUCGUUUCAACCUUUAUAUGUCAUUGAGGACAGUGAACCGUUUCCUGAGAUAAUGUACUUGGUUGUCUCAAUGCAGUUCUAUCAUCUAGUGAAAGUUCUCCUUGCUCUUCACAAUCCCCAUCAAGCGAGCGGUAUAGAUUUUCUGCAUUUUGCAAGAAGGAUAGAAAAGGCUGAAAUUAUGAGGCAUACCAUCCAGUUAUGUGGCAUGACAAAGGCACUUGGCAGCAAUCAUCCUGGCGCUCUCGUGAAUGCGAUACAACCACUUGUCAUCUGUGGUCGAAGUUUGAGAAAGGCUGAUGAACAAGCCGAACUUAUCCGAAUCUUGCGAAGAAUUGAGCAGGUGACAACAUUGGGCACUUUCCAGGGCAUACAAUCGCUGCGACAGGCGUGGAGUUUGCAUAUUGACUUUUAA